AUGGGUGACGUCGUUACUAUCAGAACGAGAAAGGUUCUCACCAACAAGCUUCUCUACAGAAAGCAAAUGGUCGUCGAGGUGAUCCACCCAGGACGCCCAACCGUCCCAAAGGCCGAUAUUCGUGAGAAGAUCGCCAAGCUCUACAAGACCACCCCGGACACCGUCAUCCCAUUCGGAUUCGAGUCCAAGAUCGGAGGAGGAAAAUCCAAGGGAUUCGCUCUUGUCUACGACACCCUCGACUACGCCAAGAAGUUCGAGCCAAAGUACAGACUCGUCCGUAUGGGACUUGCCAAGAAGGUUGAGAAGCCAGGACGCAAGCAACGUAAGGAGAGAAAGAACAGACAAAAGAAGGUCCGAGGAACCGCCAAGGCCAAGGUCUCCGCUGGAAAGAAGUAA